AUGGCCAUUUGUAAAUGGUAUGGUUAUCCCGACUUUUUUAUAACCAUUACCUGCAAUCCCAAGUGGCCGGAGGUUCAAAGGUUUCUUAAGGACACAAAUCUUAAUCCAGAGGAUAGGCCUGAUAUUUUAUCGCGAAUCUUUAAAAUAAAGCUGGAUGCAAUUUGUAAAGAUUUGAAAGACCGUGAUUUGUUUGGAAAAGCUUCAGCUGUUGUUUACACUAUUGAGUUUCAGAAGCGAGGAUUGCCUCAUGCGCAUAUGUGCUUAUUCAUGGAGAAUGAUUACAAACUUCCAACUGUAGACCAUGUUGAUCAGUUUAUUUCUGCAGAAAUCCGUGAUAUAAACCAAGACCCGGAACUAUAUACGCUUGUGAAAGACCAUAUGAUUCACGGUCCAUGUGGUAACGCUAGAAUGAGCUCUCCAUGUAUGGUUGAUAGAAAAUGUUCAAAAGGGUUUCCAAAGAAAUUUCAAGAUCACUCAACCUUGGAUUGUAACGGAUUUCCCUUAUACAGAAGAAGAGAUGAAGGUUCCUUCGUUUUAAAAAAUAGAAUUGAGUUAGACAACAGAAGUGUUGUACCUUACAACAAAAAGCUUUUGAAAAGAUAUCAGGCGCAUAUAAACAUGGAAUGGUGCAACCAAGCGGCGUCAAUAAAGUAUUUGUUCAAAUAUAUUAAUAAAGGUCCUGAUAGAGCAACAGUUGCGGUGGUUCCGAGCAAUAAUGAAAACGAGCAACCAGAAAAUGAUGAAAUUAAAGAGUAUUAUGACUGUAGGUAUAUAUCGGCGUGUGAAGCCUCUUGGAGGAUUUUUUCGAAUGAAGUUAAUUAUAGGAGUCCUUCUGUUAUGCGGUUGCCUUUCCAUCUUCCUGGACAACAAACAGUUUGUUUCGGUCUUGAUGAAGAUAUUAAUCAAGUGCUAAACAAACCAUCUCUUGACAAGCGUAUAUGGGUUCCGAGAAUAAAAGGAAAAACAAUUGGAAGAAUUCAUUCCGUUUCUCUGUCUACCGGUGAAGCGUACUAUUUAAGAAUUCUUCUUUACAAAGUUAAAGGACCAACAUCGUUUGAUGAUAUUAAAACAGUUAAUGGUCGAGUGUACGAUACUUUUAGAGAUGCUUGCUAUGCGCUUGGUUUGUUGGAUGACGACUCAGAGUACAUUGAGGCCAUCAAAGAAGCAAAUAUAUCAGGUAGCGCAGGUUAUAUUUGCAAUUUAUUCGCCACCAUGUUACUGUCAAGCACUUUAUCUAGACCUGAAGUAGUCUGGGAAAGCACAUGGAAGUAUAUAAUAGAUGAUUUUCUGUACAGAUUCUCAAAGUAUCAUCGUGUUUCAGGUUUAUCAAUUCCUGAUGAGCAACUAAAGAACUAUGUUUUAUGCGAAAUCGAGAAGUUUUUAACUCGGAAUAAUUCAUCGCUUCGAAGAUUUGUAUCAAUGCCUUACCCGGAUACUUCAUCUUUAGAUAACUUUCGCUGCCGAUUGAUUAACGAAGAGCUUGCUUACGACAGAACAGAGUUAGAAAAUGUUUAUCAAGGUCAGGUGAAUUUGUUAACGGAUGAACAACGUGCAGUAUAUGAAGAAAUUAUGAACGCAGUUUAUGGAGACAAUGGGGGAGUAUUUUUUGUUUACGGUUAUGGCGGGACUGGUAAAACAUUUUUAUGGAAAACAUUGUCUGCUGCAAUUAGGUCAAAAGGUGAGAUCGUAUUAAACGUUGCAUCUAGCGGAAUUGCAUCAUUGCUGUUGGAGGGAGGAAGAACGGCGCAAUCUAGGUUUCAUAUACCUUUGAAUCUUAAUGAGGAUUCCGUUUGUCAUAUUAAACCUGACGAUGAUGUAGCUAAAUUACUACAGCAGACCAAACUCAUUAUAUGGGAUGAAGCUCAUAUGGUUCAUAAACAUGCAUUUGAGGCUUUGGAUAGAACUAUGCAUGACAUUUUCAAUAUAUCUAAUUCAUCCAGGUCUGAUGUUGUAUUUGGAGGAAAGGUAAUUGUAUUUGGUGGUGAUUUUAGGCAAAUAUUACCUGUUGUUCCAAACGAUGGACGACAAGAAAUUGUGAAUGCCUCAUUAUGUUCGUCUUAUCUGUGGAGUAAGUGUAAGUUGUUGACGUUAACUAGAAACAUGAGGUUAACCGUUGGAAGACCAUCAUCUGAAGUUGAAGAGAUCAGUAAUUUUGCAAAAUGGUUGUUGGACGUUGGUGAGGGAAAUGUUGGUGGUUCCAAUGAUGGAGAAGCAAUAAUUGAAAUACCACCUGAGCUUUUAAUUGACAACAUAUCUGAUCCAAUUUCUAGCCUGAUUGAUUUUGUCUAUCCGUCAAUCUUGGAGAACUACAAUGAUCGUAAUUACUUUAGUACCAGAGCUAUACUUGCGCCUAAGAAUGAGGUUGUUCAUGAGAUUAACGACAGAUUGUUGGCAGUUUUCCCAGGUGAAGAAAAAGAGUAUCUUAGUUCUCACAGUCUAUGCCCUACUGAAGAUGGCAAUGCUGAUCAGCAAAAAAUAUACUCACCCGACGUGCUGAAUGGUCUUAAAGUGUCUGGUUUACCAAAUCAUAGGUUAGUGCUAAAAGUUGGUGUUCCAGUAAUGUUGUUGCGAAAUAUUGACCAACGAAAUGGUUUGUGUAACGGUACAAGGUUAAAGGUGACAAAACUUUACAGCCGUGUUAUUGAAGCUGAGAUAAUUUCAGGUGGAAAUAUUGGUGCUCGGACAUUCAUACCUAGAAUGAAUUUGGUACCUUCGGACAGAAAGAUUCCUUUUGCAUUUCAAAGGAGGCAAUUUCCAAUAACAGUAUGUUUUGCGAUGAUGAUUAACAAAAGCCAGGGCCAGUCGCUAUCUAAGGUUGGUUUGUACUUAAGACAACCAGUUUUCACACAUGGUCAAUUGAUGGAACGUCUUGAAUUUGAAAUGUUUGCUAACGAAAUCCUAUCAAGGCUACCAACAAAGUGUGUUGCUCGAUUAAGAUGUGUUUCCAAACAAUGGCGAUACGAAUUGUCGUCACAUUUUUUUGCGAUUAUUCACUAUCGCUGUACCGCUAAAUAUGAAGAUUGUAAGCUUAUCACGCUGACCAAGUCAUCAAUUGUUCUUCAUAACUUGAUUAGUGGAAAGAAAGAUGCAGCUGGGAUUUAUAUUGAUUCAUCUAACGAUGUUAAAAUAAUACUUCUCCAACGUCGUAAGGAUGAUGUUGUACCGCGUGUGUAUUCUCGGAACACAUGUGAAUGGAAAACUCUAACUUUCUUGAAAGGACCGGAUUACGGUUCAAGUUUUAUUGGUUGUCUUCCGGAACUUUAUGCAAUAAUGUUUUAUAUUUUCCAUCUCCACACUAUUGGACGCCUGCUAAAAGUUAUAUGA